AUGAAAGCCCAACUUCUGGCUUUUUUGUCAGCUGUGGUCAUAUUCUGCCUGAUGGCGUACGUUCACAUCGGGUUAGAAGUCCGCUUCAACAUCGAUUUUGAUGCCAACUUGACGAGACCAUGUGGGUGUAACCGGUGCGUCAUGGAGCUGAAUGAGGACCCGUGGUUUACUGAUCGAUUUAGAAGCUCUGUGCCCAUAAUGCUGAACAGCAGGACAUACAACCUCAGUGGUACAACCAAAAAGUGGUGGAUGAGGCUACAACGUCUCAACAGUGGGAGCAACAAAAACUAUGAGGUGAUUAAGGACUCCCUGUUCUCAUUGUUCCCUGAUGUGCAAUACUACAACGACUCCAGUCAUGACCGCUGCAGAACCUGCGCUGUGGUGGGAAACUCGGCCAACCUUAUUGGAUCUUUUUAUGGUCCUCUAAUAGAUGCACAUGACUUCGUUAUCAGGAUGAAUCAGGGUCCCACUAAAGGCUUUGAGACUGACGUCGGGACACGCACCACGCACCGAGCCAUGUACCCUGUAAGUGCCAUGGACAUGGACAACUCCACCCAUAUGGUGCUGCUGCCAUUUAGUGUUAGAGACUUGGAAUGGCUCAUAAGCGCCUUCACCACCAAGCACAUUAACCGCACACAUACGGCAGUAAGAGCAACAUUAGAAGCCAAUAAAGACAAGGUGAUCAUCAUGAACCCUGAGUUCAUGAAAUACGUCCAUGCUUACUGGUUAAAGGGAAGGGGCAGAAUCCCAUCUACUGGUCUCAUUAUGCUCAUAUUUUCUCUACACGUCUGUGAUCAGGUGAACGUGUUUGGAUUCGGGGCUGACAGAAGAGGAAGAUGGCUCCAUUACUUUGACAACACACAUCAACCACGUUUUAACAAAGGCAACCACAAAGGCAGCUACGAACGCGGCAUCCUGCUGGAUCUUCAGAGAAAAAAAAAGGUUACAAUUUACAAAGGAUGGUGAAGAAACAAUGUGGGUAAAGACACUGAUGUAUCUUCAUCUGCCCAAAAGUUUGUGGACACGUGAAAAAUUAACCAGGAUCAAAACAUCACUGUUGAUGCCCCACUGCAUGGUGAAGUUUGGUGGUUUUUCGACUGUCUUCGUUACCAGACCUUUAAAAACUGUAUUUGAAGGACUGUAAAUGUGAACUGUAAAUAGUCUGUAAUGUAUAUUGCUAUAAGAACUGUAAGGAACAUGGAAAACCAACCGACAGACCAACCAAGUGUUUCCUUAGAGCAAUACUGCAUAUUGAAAUAUUAUUUAAGACAAUACCUCAUGUUGUAUCUUUUAUA